AUGAGCCUCCUGUUCCUGCUAGUGAGCUGCGUUCUGUUUGCCCUCACGUUUGUCUUCUGGAAAACCCUGUUUCAGAGAAACACGGGUGAAAUGUCAUCAAAUUCGACUUCUCUUGCACUGGUGAGAUCAUCCUCUUCUACUCAGUCAACUAAGAGCAAUACUGAUAAGUGUCUUUCAGUCAACAGUCAAUGGGAUAAUAAUCACCAAAACUCGAUAACCAUGCAGAGGAAAAUAUUUGUAAACCUCAGCAUCGUGGAAUACAAUCUGGUUGAAUUGGAAUGAUUCCUAGUUACUAAGGGUUUAAAUCGUGCAUUAAGUUAA